GAUCCCGGAAAAUGGAGGGACGCCAGCCUCCGAUUGGAGGCCCUCGCGCGACAUGCUCGCGUUAUACCACGAUUAAAGACUGAGGUCGAAACCCCCUGCUUCUGUUUCGUUUUAGAUGCGGUAGAUCCUUCCCGGACAGCACAUGUCUAGCAUAGUGUUCUUGGUGCUUUUUCUUCCUCUUGACUGAAUGCUAGUUCUUGGUUCAGAACCUCAAACGAUGUAGUUAGGCAUGCCUAGCAUAGUGUUUGGCAGUAGGACAAUUUUGACAUGGGAAGGUGACAUAUACUCUACUAAUUGAUGAGCAUACUGUGUUCGUUGCUCGAGCCAAAUUCCCCUAGGUCAAUUCACCGCCCUUGGAUUAGACAGAAAAACUCUCAUAUCCUUUUGGACAGGGUCGUUCUUUGCAGCAAAAGGAUUGGAUCUGAUUCAGCGUAUUUCGUGUGUCAUUCCUUACCAAGCUAUUGUUCUUGUUGCAGACUGAACUUGUCUCUUUUUUCAAGGAUACGUCCGCCAGGAUGUAUCAAGAUCCCGAAGUUGUCUUUUGGUGAUACUUUGCUUACGGGUCAUUAUCAUCACAUACUGUCAUAGCUUGCGUGAAUUGCUAUUCCUUUCUUCACUUUAUUAGGCUCUGAUGAGAGAGACAGCACCAUGUUAUAUGAUGUAGACAUUUAGGCUUUGCCUUGCAUGAUCUUUUUGCUCGGGAACUGUAGCUUGGCGGGCUACCUUUCUAGUCUGUAUCCUGGAAUUGACAUGAGCUCUGGUGUCGGGUUCUCCUCAUCGUCCAUAUUGGUUAGCUGCGUAAGCAACAUGCAUCUUGGACUUGACCUGAGCUCUGGUAUCGGUUCUCACUUGACGUGAUUUUCCUUGCUCUGAUUUGGUCAUGGCAGUUUGGCGUAUCUUCUUUUCCUCGUCGUCCAUUUCGAUAAGCUGCAAAAUUAGCAAGAAAGUAUUCAGUGUGAUGAGGAGUGAAUUCUUGGAUGCAUCGAGGUCGGAUAGGGCUGUCAAAGAAGAAAAUGCUCCUAGCCUGGGCAUUGGGGAAGAUGCUAAUAUGCUUAGCACAGAAAUUCCAGAUGCAAGUAGCAGCAGCAUGCCCUUCGAAUUGUACAAGACACAGACAACAAUUCUUAUUUCAAGAGAAAAGUUUCUGAAUAUUGUGUGUGAUGCACUCUCUUCUUACAAGUAUGUUGGACCAAACCAGAAGGCUGACUUGCUUCUUGCUUGCAGAAUUAAGGAGAAAAAGGAAUCAGUGACAGUACUCUUGUGUGGGACAAGCGGGUGUGGCAAGUCCACUCUAUCAUCUUUGUUGGGUAGUAGAUUGGGCAUUACGACAGUAGUUUCUACUGAUUCCAUACGCCAUAUGAUGAGAAGCUUUGCGGAUGAAAAGCAAAAUCCUCUUCUCUAUGCAUCAACCUACCAUGCAGGCGAAUACUUGGACCCUGUUGCAGUUGCUAAGUCAAAGGCAAAGAAGCUAGCAACGGUUUCUCAUACCAAUGGAGGCAAAGAUGGCACUUCAGAUGUUAAAUCUCAUCAUGGCUCCUCAGAUUUACCUCCUAGAACCGAGUUGAUUGGCAACAAACAAAUGGCAAUAGAAGGGUUCAAGGCGCAAAGCGAGAUGGUCAUUGACAGCCUGGACAGAUUAAUUACAUCAUGGGAGGAGCAGAAGCGAUCUGUUAUUGUUGAAGGAGUUCAUUUGAGCCUCAAUUUUGUGAUGGGGCUAAUGAAGAAACAUCCUUCCAUAAUACCAUUUAUGGUAUACAUUGCAAAUGAGGAGAAGCACAUGGAGCGAUUUGCUGUACGUGCAAAGUACAUGACAUUGGACCCGGCAAAGAACAGAUAUAUCAAGUACAUCCGGAAUAUCAGGGCUAUCCAGGAAUACCUUUGCAACCGAGCGGACAAGCAUCUGGUGCCUAAGAUUAACAAUACUAAUGUUGACCAGAGCGUGGCAGCCAUACAUGCCACGGUUUUCAGCUGUCUUCGUCGACGAGAAGUUGGGGAGCAGUUGUAUGAUCUCAACACAAACACUGUUUCUGUGGUGGAUGAGGAAUACAGGAACCAGCGUGCAUCUAACUCCUUGGGUUCCAAGGGCAUGUUCCAGUUCAUUCAAAGGAAGGGGUCUUCUAGGAAUCUGAUGGCUCUCCUUAACCCUGAUGGUUCAGUCACCAAGGCUUGGCAUGUAGAUUCAUGUGACGGCAAUGCCAAUGGCAGUAGAAGCAGUGAUAAAUCAGUAGGAAAGGUUAACCCAUCACACAUUGGGAAGGUAGAGUCAGUUAAUCUCCAAUUUGGUUCCUUCGGGAUUAGUGCGUGGCUGAGUGAUACAGGUGGCACCAGCCAUACUGGGAGUGUAGAUGACCUGAGGGCUGAUGGCAUUGAGACAGGCGGUAGAUACUUCUCCUCAUGCUGCAGCUCGCCAAAGACAUCAGAUUGCGCAUCCAAAGAGCAUAUGGAGGAUUAUUCAGUCUAUGGUAGUGAAGAAGAAGCUGACAACCCACCUGAUGCUGAAACUGAUGAGGAUCUAACUGAUGAAGAAAGAGAUGUUCACGAGAUUGAAGCGGGCUCGGUCGACGAGCAUUCCACCAAGUCUGACGAGGAAUACGACGACCUAGCCAUGCAGGACGUCAUGGAGAACGGUAACUGCUCCGACGAUGACGACGAGCAAGCUGUGCGGUUCAGCAAGAGGAGCUCGCCGCCUCUGGAUGAGAGCAUCCUCGGAGCAGCUGACGGUGAUGAUGCCGUGGUGGAGGGAAGGUACCACCACAACCUGGACCUCUUCACGAUAUCCAAGGACAUGGCUGUCACGCGGAUGCCGUGCGCGUGACGCUGCCACCCAGACCAACCCAUGGGAAGAAAAGCCAGGUGUCCUGUGAAUCAGACACCAUUUCCACGGUUCGCUGCGCCACUGUGCUCUCCGGUGGCGCUUCCAGUUACUCCCCCCGUUCCUAAAUACUCCCUCUGUACCGAAAUAGUUGUCGCUGGAGUAGCUGCGACAACUAUUUCGAUACAGAGGGAGUAUAAGUCUUUCUAAAGAUUCCAAUAUGGACUAUGUACGGAGCAAAAUGAGUGAAUCUACACUCUAAACUACGCCUAGGUACUCCAUAUUGAAAUCUCUAGAAAGACUUAUAUUUAGGAACGGAGGGAGUAGGAGUUUGCACCGGCGGCUGUACUCAUAUGAGCUUAUGUCGGUGGUUAUGACUGUUAGACAUACUGAUGCUUGUCCAAGCUUACCAAAUACUAUAGGAAUCUGGUACUUUGCCGAUGAAACUCAAAUAAUGGAAGGUUGAAAUUGCAUCUGUAAUUGCGCAAGAAUCUCUUGGCACCAAAAAUAGGCGCAGGAGGUCCUUCCUUUUUAAAUGUGCACAAGGUCAUGCUUUGAAUAA